ACUCUCCCCUCAUUGACCUCCUAACAGCUGAGCCACCGCCUUAUCACGCGGCACCAGCCGCGCCAGCCGCGGGACCGGAAACAGGGGCGCCGGCCACCGGAGGGGCAGCAGCCCCUGAGAAGAUGGCAACUAGUGGGGACACAGGGGGGACCCCGGCUCCCUCACCCAUCGCCGGUCGCCUUCGGGCCCGCCGGGAUGACACCCCCCUGGAAUCCAAGGCCUUUCCCCUCAGAGAAGGGCCCGGUCGCCACCUCCAGUACUGGCCAUUCUCAGCCUCUGAUCUCUAUAACUGGAAACAAUUUAACCCCCCGUUUUCUAAAGAUCCCGUGGCGUUAACCAACUUGAUUGAGUCUAUCCUAGUGACCCAUCGGCCAACCUGGGAUGACUGCCAACAGCUUUUGCAGACCCUCCUGACUGUGGAGGAGAAGCAGCGGGUGUUCCUGGAAGCACGGAAGCUGGUCCCCGGCGAAGAUGGGAGACCUACCCAGCUCCCCAAUCUCAUUGACAUAGCCUUUCCCCUCACGCGCCCGAAUUGGGAUUAUACCACCGAUGAAGGUAGGGGGCACCUACGUCUCUAUCGCCAGUUGCUCUUAGCGGGUCUCUGUGCCGCUGCCAGGCGGCCCACUAAUUUGGCCCAGGUAAGAAGCACCAUCCAGGGAAAGGAGGAGACGCCUGCCGCAUUCUUAGAAAGGCUAAAAGAGGCUUAUAGAAUGUACACCCCCUAUGAUCCAGAGGACCCAGGGCAGGCGCCAGGAGUUAUCCUGUCAUUUAUCUACCAGUCGAGCCCAGAUAUCAGGACUAAGUUACAGAGGUUAGAAGGACUGUCGACAUUGAAUCUUUCGGAUCUGUUGAAGGAGGCAGAGAAAGGGGCCACCGGUAGUAGGAGGUACCGGUGGACAACUGAAAGAAAAGUCCAGUUGGCGUCGGGGCAAGUAACCCAUUCCUUACUACAUAUACCCGACUGCCCUCACCCGUUGCUGGGCCGGGACCUACUGACCAAGUUAAAAGCACAAAUUUACUUUGAUGAAAGAGGACCCACGGUCACGGGGCCUGGGGGAACCCCCUUACAAGUCCUCGCCCUAAAUCUGGAAGAAGAAUACCGCCUUUUCGAGCCUAAGCCCCCGGAAGAACCACCAGGUGAGAUGCAGGACUGGCUAGACAGGUUUCCACAGGCAUGGGCAGAAACAGGAGGCUUGGGGCUCGCGCACGACCAGCCGCCCCUCGUCAUUUCAUUGAAGGCCUAUACUACUGAACCAGGACCAAAUACUCCAGCAAGUGACCUCUAG